CCUCUUUUUUCCUUCCAUUUCGUGGUUCUGACGACCACAAGAAGAAGCACAAACUCUCUCUCUCUCUCUCUUCAAAUCUCUACUUAGUUUUCACUUGAACUCCUUCUCUUUUGUCUUUCUAUCUCUGAACCAAAAAUGGCUGACAGAGUUUAUCCAUCUGGAAAACAAAACGCAAACGGCGCAAACCCCGCUUUUCCCGCUACAAAGUCUCAACUAUACGGCGCCACCCGUCCCGCCUACCGCCCCACGCCUCGCCGCCACAGUUACCGCCGCUCCUGUUGCUGUUCCUGUUGUCUCUGGUCAACUCUCACCAUCGUCCUACUCGUCUUCCUCGUCGCCAUCGCUGGCGCUAUCGUUUACUUUCUUUACCGCCCUCACCGCCCUUCUUUCACAGUCUCCUCCCUUAAAAUCACAACCCUAAACCUUACUUCGUCGUCGACUCUUGUCACCAACAUAAACCUCAACAUAACGGCGAGGAACCCGAACAAGGAACUCGUUUAUUACUAUAAUCCCACCAGUGUCUCGCUCCUCACGGACGACGGCAACGACAUCCCCAUUGGCAACGGUUCGUUUCCUGCCUUCGAUCAUGGCACCAAGAACACGACGCUGCUGAAAACGAGCAUAAAGGGGAACGGUCAAUCACUCGACGACUUCUCCGCCAGUAAGUUAAGCAGUGAUUUAAAGAGUAAGAGUGGUUUGCCAUUGAAGAUACAGUUGGAUACGAAGGUGAAGGUGAAGAUGGGAGCCAUCAAGUCACCCAAAGUUUGGAUUAGGGUUUCGUGCAACGGCAUCAAAGCGACGGUCCCGACGGGGAAGACGGCGACCGCGGCGUCGACUUCGAAUGUCAAUUGUAAGGUUGACUGGAGAAUCAAGAUCUGGAAAUGGACGUUCUGAGAAAAAGAGUCAAAAUUCCAAAAUUUUAAAAAUUCUCAAGGUGUGAUGUUCAAUAAUUUUUUUAAUUUUAUAUAUUUGGGAUUAAUUUGAUAAUUCUUUAUCAAUAUAUAUAUAUUUUUUAUUUUAUUUUUGCGGGGUGAUUUUAUUUUAUUUUAUUUUUUUGUAAAAGGAAGAAAUUAGGGUUGGUGGUUGUUAAAACAGAUAAAGAAUUUUUAAUAAUUUUACUUUAUUGUUGAAUUAUCAA